AUGGACAAACCAGCUUACAUUGCAGUUAUUCCCAGUGCAGGAUUCAGCCAUUUUGCUCCCAUUCUUCAUUUCUCAAAGCGACUUGUUGAGUUCCAUCCACAUUUUCAUGUCACAUGCCUUGUUCCCUCCAUUGGCUCUCUCCCAACUAACUCAAAAGCCAUCCUCCACACUCUUCCACCAAACAUCAACCCCAUUCUUCUUCCACCGUUCAACCUCAACCACCUUCCACAAGGGCUUUCCGUAGUGCUCCAAAUCCAACGCGCUAUGCGUCUCAUGAUGCCAUCUAUCCAUCAAAUCCUAAAGUCCAUAACUUCAAACAACCCCCACGUGGCCAUGGUUGUUGAUUCUUUUGCCUGUGGUGCACUAGAUUUUGCUCACGAAUUCAACAUGUUAUCCUACGUUUACUUCCCCUCCUCAGCUACCACACUCUCCACGCACUUCUAUUUGCCUAAGUUGGACGAGGAAACAUCGUGUGAGUAUAGAGAUCUACCGUGCCCUAUUGAAGUACCUGGUUGUGUUCCAUUUCAUGGCAGGGAUCUCUAUAUACAAGCCCAGGAUCGAAAGAGAGAACUUUACAAAGUGUCACUCGAACGUUAUAGACGAUUCCUUUCUGUUGAUGGGAUCAUCAUGAAUAGCUUCUUGGCAUUGGAAACGGGUCCUCUUAGAGCAUUGAAAGAUGAGGGAAGAGCAUACCCUCCUGUGUAUCCUAUUGGACCAAUUGUCAAAACUGGGACAGAUUCUGCACAAGGGUUGGAAUGUCUAACGUGGUUGGACAAACAACAAGUUGGUUCUGUUUUGUAUGUUUCUUUUGGAAGUGGUGGAACACUGUCACAAGAACAAAUGAAUGAGCUGGCUUGUGGUUUGGAGUUGAGCAAUCAUAAGUUCUUAUGGGUUGUUAGAGCACCCAAUAAUGCAGAAAAUUCUCUUUACCUUAGUGAACAAAAGUGUGUUGACCCUGUACAGUUUUUACUAAGUGGGUUCUUGGAGAGAACCAAAGAGCAAGGUGUGGUUAUUCCUUCAUGGUGUAGGUUUACUGAAUAA